GAAAGGACUGUCAAUCGUGAGAUCGUGAGCGUAAAUGAUGACUUUCGAGACGAAAUCGUGAGAGUUGAGACCUGCACUGUACCGUAGAUGGGCGCUGGAAGCGGGCAAAAAAGGACAUCUGCAUCCGAUGACAGACUCCAGGAACAAGAGUCGCCAGAUCUAUUUUCUUUAUUUCUAACUGUCUUCAAGAAACUUCCACUUUCAAACAAACCGUCAGAUCUAUCAACACUGAAGUCAACCUACUUGAAAACUAAACCCACGCUGCAGACGUUUCAGACAGCCGGCCACUGGAUCUGUCACAAAGGCGAUCCUUCUGAAGGAGUUUACCUAGUCGUAGAUGGUGCCGUGGACGUUUGUCUCGAGGAAUCAGAAGGUCGUAACGUUGUUGUUGUCAAUAAACUUACUACUAAUUCUUUUUUCGGCGAACUAAGCUCGCUUUUCAAUAUUCAAUGCACCGCAUCAGUGCGAACGGCAUCUUCACAUACCAAACUUUUUCACAUGAGGCCUGUCCUGUUUGCUGAUUUCAAACCACGGCGACCUGAAUUGUUACUAAAGUGGUGUACACUAAGGAAAUAUGUUGACACGGCUAGCUUAUUUUCUGACGCAAUUCUGGCUACGCAAUCAGUGAAAGCAUGUCUUACCAAUAUCCCAUUGUUUAGGUUGUGGAGCAGUGAAGCAAUCAACUGUCUAGCUAAACUUUGCAAACCAAUGCUGUUCAGUGAAGGGAGUAUAGUUCUAGAGGAAGGGGUCGAGGCUUGUCUUGAGAUGUGUGUUUUGCUGUCUGGGAGGAUCGUUUUUACAGCAGAAGGUCAAGUAUUGGUAUCAGUUAGUGCUGGAUUGAAGGGCUACUGGUUUGGUGAAGAAGGAUUAUUUCUGUCUGAACAAAGGCGUUGUAGUGUGAAAGCUGAUGUCUUGAGUCAGAUUGUGGUUAUUGAUCGAAGCCAAAUUAGCUAUGUACUGAAGCAGUUUCCUUCUGAAAAACGCCACUAUGACAAAUUUAUGAAACACUGGGAAUCGAAUAGACAGAGGCUGGACUAUUCGUUACUUUACAAACACAAAGGGUUAUUGGAUCUAGAGAUAAUUAUGGAGAGACUGAGAAAGACUAAAGAAUUAAAGGAUUGUUCACACAUUGCUGCUUAUCAAAUUGCAAUGGAAAUGUCUCUUAGGCUGGGAAAUGGAAGCUCUGUCUUAUCACACACAGACAUUGGUGGUAAUGCAUUCUUAGUUGUCCUUGGUACGGUUGAGCUAGUGAAAGACAACCGUGUGGAAGAGUCUCUUGUUGCUGGCGGAUACUAUGACCACAGACGAUCUGGAAAAGUACUGGAUGCACGAUUGACUGCUGUCACUGUGCUUGCCUUAUUUCCGUUUUCUGCAGUUGCAGAAGCUUUUAAUGAAUAGUACAGACAUUCAACGUAUACAUGGACAUGGAUACAUGUAAAGGGCCUACAAAUUAGUGACUUGAUAACAAUUGCCGAGUAUAGCGAGUCUUCUA